ACAACUUCAACCUCAUGUAGCCUGAAUAACUAGUGUAUUUGACUAAUACAUUUUACUCGACAUAACGGAGACUCACUUGCUUUAUGUCAAAGUGAAAUAAAAAUUUAGAACGAUAACCCCAGCUUUGAAACGAAAAAGGUUAAAGUUCACAGGAAGCUGGGGGGCUACCAUUUUUCACUGCUGCUUACAUUUUAGACGCUAGAGAGGGAGGGGUGGUCGUCGUGGUAUUAUUUAAAUUAUCCAGACUAUUGAGCUGUACACGUUUUUUUUGUUUUGUUUCGCCACCCCUACUCACUAACAAUUGAUGUUGAAUGAAUUCGGCAUGGAGAGAAUAGCGGAGCAGUCGUGGAAUUCUUCAUACACCUAUCAGGUGAGCAAGCAUAGCGCGGAGAUGCUACACAACCUCAACAUUCAGAGGAAAGAUGGAGGCAAGUUUUGCGAUGUGAUCUUGCGCGUCGGCGAAGAGAGCUUUCCUGCCCACAAGGCGGUACUGGCGGCGUGCAGCGUGUAUUUCGAGUCCGUUUUUGGUUGUCAAACGGAGGGCGACGGGGAGGCAAAAGAGCUCGAGAUGCAUACGAUAAGUCCCAAAGUUUUUAAAGAUAUUUUGGACUUUGCCUACACCUCUAGGAUUGUGGUACGAUUGGAAUGUUUCCCCGAGUUGAUGACGGCUGCUAAAUUUCUGCUAAUGCGUUCUGUCAUCGAGAUAUGCCAAGAAGUAAUUAAACAGUCCAAUGUAAAAAUUCUUGUUCCACCCUCAAGAAGAGGCGACGUCAGUUUAUUCCGUGCCACGGGGGGCUCUGAAUUUAGUUUCACAUUGGCUGUAGACAACUUGUCAAAUGGGAAUGGCUUGUUUACCAACAAUGGGCAGACGCAUAAUGUGGAUGGAAAUCGGGCCAAUGAUACAGUCAUGUCGGAUGGCAGCCCCCAGUCCUCUAUGCCAGUCCUGCAGCCCGUGUCUCCAUCAGAGAUGACGGGCAACCCGUUCCAAGAAGAGGGCUCUUCGGGUUCCAAGAGAGGCAGGGGGCGACCAAAGAAGGGGACAGUCAUGGAACCUAUUCAUUACAACAUCAGCACCUCUGACGUUAAAGAAGACAUUGAGCAGAUAUUUCCUUGUGGAAUAUGUGGCAAGGCAUUUACAGAGGCUGUGCGGUUGAGAAACCACGAAGCGCAGCAUGGAGCGUCCAGCCAUGGCGCGAGUAGCGGCGACGGCUUGUCUGGCGAGGGAGGCCCUACCUCGAUAUCGCACCCUGGUCAGCCCGGUCUGUUGGAGAAUGGCAUGCCAUUGCAUGGAGGAGUAGGCAUAGAAAACAGCCGUAAGCGCGAGAGGACGAGACGUCACGUUGGUUGUGACAUUUGUGGGAAGGUGUUCCGGGAUGUUUACCACCUGAACCGACACAAGUUGUCUCAUUCCGGGGAAAAGCCAUAUGCUUGCCAUGUCUGUGGCCUGCGGUUUAAGCGCAAGGACAGGAUGUCAUACCAUGUCCGGUCACAUGAUGGAUCUGUGGGUAAACCCUACCUCUGUCAAAGCUGUGGAAAGGGGUUUUCCAGGCCAGACCAUCUGAAUGGACACAUCAAGCAGGUUCACACAACAGAGAGACCCCAUAAGUGCCAGAUUUGUAAUGCUUCCUUUGCUACAAGAGAUCGCCUGCGGUCCCACCUAGCUUGUCACGAGGACAAGAUCCCCUGCCAGAUGUGUGGGAAGUACCUCCGAGCUGCGUACAUGACCGACCAUCUCAAGAAACACAGUGAAGGACCUCACAACUACUGUGGUAUAUGCAACAAAGACCUGUGUACCAGUCACCGGCUGCUGGUCACCUUCCCAGAGGCAGAUGGUCACUGCUUUCUCCCCCAGGCCGGCCCUCCCUCCCUGGGUCUGCAGCCCGAGCUGCUCCUGGGGAAACCAGGGCCUGGGGGGGCUCCAUAUUUCUGGGAGUGCCACUCUGCCGGGCCACCUGGGUUUCACCCCCUCCACGAGCCUCUGCCAGACGGACAGGAGAAUGCUGAAAAAUGCCCCCAUCAAGGAGAAUCUGAGGGAGACGAGCCGUUGUUCGGGGAUCUGUCCAACGGCGACGAAAUUAAGUCUCCGCACAAGUCUGAGGAAGAGGAGCUUGGGACGCCGUUUGACUGCAACGGAGCCUCUACCGAUGCUGUGGGAGGGUCGCCACCAGGUGCCGUUAAAGCCAAGACCAGCCAGGACUCUCCAGUGAAGAAGUUCCCUUGCAGCGAGUGCACCCAGACCUUCCGCACCAAGUCUUACCUCAAUAAGCACGUCAACAGAGUGCACCAUCAUGGGGUCCAGAAGAGUCUAGUGGUGAGUGUAGGGUCGGGGUCAGGUCUGGGGGAGCUGGGUCCUUCCCUGGGCUCACCCUUCUCCCCUCAACAGAACAUGUCUCUGCUGGAGUCAUUUGGCUUCCAGAUCGUCCAGUCUGCCUUUGCCUCGACGCUGGUGGACUCUGAGGCAGGACAUAGUGGGAUGGAGUUGGGGGGGAAGUGACCUGUAGCUCAGUGGGGGGGAAGUGACCAAUAGGUUAAUGUGGGGGAAAGUGAACCUAGAUUUGUGCGGGAAAUUUGCCCUAGUUAGGUCUGUUCAGCCUAUCAGAUGUAAGGGAAUGGCAUUGUCUAUAGACUGCUCUUGGCGUUGUCUAUAGACUGCUCUUGGCGUUGUCUAUAGACUGCUCUUGGCGUUGUCUAUAGACUGCUCUUGGCGUUGUCUAUAGACUGCUCUUGGCGUUGUCUAUAGACUGCUCUUGGCGUUGUCUAUAGACUGCUCUUGGCGUUGUCUAUAGACUGCUCUUGGCGUUGUCUAUAGACUGCUCUUGGCGUUGUCUAUAGACUGCUCUUGGCGUUGUCUAUAGACUGCUCUUGGCGUUGUCUAUAGACUGCUCUUGGCGUUGUCUAUAGACUGCUCUUGGCGUUGUCUAUAGACUGCUCUUGGCGUUGUCUAUAGACUGCUCU